GUUUGAAAUCAGCAAAAUGGCGGGGGUGUCUUCUGAGUUGUCUUCAAACAUACCGUUUGACUUUCAUGACGGAAGACUAGACGGAGAUCUCUCUCAAAAAAUGAGGAUCCCUCAGACAAUCACUGUACAAGGGGGUGACGAAGAGUACUUACUGAACGAACCGAAAAAGAUUCUCAGCGAUAGAGUGCCCAUGUCGAUCCCUGACAGAAUUGAACUUGGUUCGUACUCGCCCAAAAGUGACAUUCCGAGAGAUUUAAAAGAUGAAAUGGUGGCAGUCAACUCUUUGAGUAGCAUGAUAACUCCUCCACGAACACUGACCGUUGAAGAUACAAAAUCAGCGCAUUAUCCUCAAACUAGAACCGCGCCUGUAAGUGGUUCGCCAACAGCAGCUCGUGGAAACAUAAAUCGCAGAACGAAUGCCGCCAGAGACAUUGACGAUGAAAGCAUUGCUGUUGGUCUUGAGGUGAUAGGAGAAGGAACUACUUUAGAAAGUGACAGUGAUAUUGGCCAUUAUUUGGGAGGCGACUCACCUGACCCACGAAAAUUAAUCCUGCAGAUGCAACGACUAAAUAGCAGAGUUAAUGAACUGGAGAGAAAUGUUGAACACAACUCAGUUGGAUUUUGGUCAAAAAUGAUUUUCUUUACUUUCACGAUUAUCAAUCCCAUUCUCUUACACUGGCUGUUCUGGAGAAGGAGGUGAAGAAAUAAACCAAAGUACCACUUAGCUUUACUUCCGAGCUUUAGAGCAUCAUGUAAAUUUUGUUAUACAUGAUAGUGCCAGUAAAAAAAUAAGGGUAGAGCUGAUUAAUGUAAAUCAUUUUUGAUGACACUCUUUGUAUCAUCAAGCAAAAAUAGUGCUGUGAUUUUCAGAGUAGAAGGGUCAAUCUCAAUGAACUGGUUAAUGCCCACAUCUAUGUUGACACUUUCAUCUGAUAGAGAGGCAGUACUGUUGAAAGGUCAAUGCUUUUUUAAAAAGGAGUAGGAGACUGAAUAUAUAAAUGGUAAUAAUUGCACUUUGUUUUUGUUUAGAAGUUUCUUGACAUGUUACCUAGUAUACUGGUUAUUGAAUUCAUGUAGAGGAAAUUUGGAUUUUUCCAACAAUUAAUUUAUAGGCCUCUUACAUUAAAUCUCUUAAAAUGUUAACUAAGUGCAACUUAGCAACAACUCUUCACACCCUAACAUCAGUAUGCAUAUUCUCCAUACUGUUCUCUAUACAUUUCCUGAGGUGCUGACAAGGAGAAUUUGUUUGACAACAAAGAGCUUCCAUAAGUGGUGAUCAAUUCCUUUGUUCUCAUGACCUUAAUGUUUGAUUUAGGGGUGAUAUUGUGAGGAGAAAUUAGAUGCUAGUCACUCUAGAUCAAAAGGUUCAACCAAUUUGCUUUAACUCUUGACUGUAAGUGAAAGUAUUCAUAUAAAGAAACAGAUUAAACAUUUAACCAAUUA